AUGCGGAACGUUAACUACCUUAUAAGAAAUGGAUUUCAUGAACUUCUUAGGCGAAUAUUUUCUCAAACGGGUAUUUCUAUUGGAACAAAUCCAUAUAAGUAUUUAACAAUAACAUUUAUAUUAUCAUUAUUAUCAAUAGGAAUUAUCCACAUAAAAUUUGCUCAAAAAUUACAAGACGGGUUCAUAUCAACACAUUCUAGAUCUCAUAUCGAAGAAAAGUUAUUUUUUGAAUUUCAUAAUACAACACCUACUCAAACAGAACGUUUUGUAGCACUUAUAAGAGGUGUAAAUGAGAAAAAUUUAAUGAAUGAAAAAAUGUUAAAUGAUAUUAAAAAAUUUCAUUAUUACUUACAAAAUGAUUUUAAUGUUAUUGUUGAUGGUAUUAAAUAUACACAUAGAAAUAUUUGUGGUGAAUAUUGUAAUAUAAAUAAAGGAUUUUAUGAAAUUGUUGAAGCUGUUAAAUAUGAAAAUGAUACAUUUAAAAAAAAUGGUAAAUACUCUGGUAAAUAUAUAUUAUCAUGGCCAAAAUCAUAUAAACUUGGUUUUGAAUUUAAUGUUGCUAUGCAUUUAUUUGGUGUUAAAUUAAAAAAAAUAUAUGAUGGAUUUAAUAAAAUAAAGAAUGUUGAAAUGAUAGCUUUACAUUUUUAUGCUAAUUAUCCAAAUGAUAAUAUAACUAAUAUUGUUACUGAAUGGGAACAAGCUGUAUAUAAUUAUUUAAAAAAUAAAAAAAUUAUUGAAGAUUUUCCUACAAUUGAUGUUAAUGUACUUGGUGAUAAAAUACUUGGUAGAGAAAUUAUACGUGGUGGUUUAACAUUAUUACCAUAUCUUAUUAUAGGAUUUAUAUUAACAUUAAUUUUUGUUUUUAUAUGUGUAAUGUUAUCAACACCAAUUAAAAGAUUUCAAUUUAGUAUUAAUAAACCAAUACUUGUUUUAGGUAUUGUUUUAUCACCUUUGUUAGCUGUUACAACAACAUUUGGUAUUAUUGGUUUUCUUGGAUUACCAAUAUAUCCAAUACAAUUUGUUAUACCAUUUCUUAUUUUAGCAAUUGGUGUUGAUGAUGCAUUUCUUAUACUUCAUUCAUGGAAUAGAAUGUAUUCAAAAAUUGAAAAAAUAGGAAGUAAAAAAAAAUUAGAAACAUUUCCUAAAAUGAUACAAAAAGUAUUAGAAGAAAUUGGUCCUUCAAUUACAAUAACAUCAUUAACAAAUGUUAUAGCAUUUGGUGUUGGUUCUACAGUAUCAACACCAGCUAUGCAACUUUUUUGUAUCUCUUCAAUGUUAGCAAUGAUAAUAGAUUUUAUUUUUGAAUUAACAUUUUUUACAUCAAUACUUGUAAUUGCUGAAAAAUUACAAAUAUCAUCUUGUACAAGUGAAUUAUCACAAAUUGAUCCUAAAAUAAAUGAACCAUUUAAUGGUAUAGAAGAAAAAAAGUAUGAAAUAAAUGAAAGUGUAACGAAUGCUAUUAAACGUCUCAUGAAAUUUUAUUGUUAUAUUUUAACUACAAAUAUUUUUCGCAUUAUAACAUUAAUUUUUACAAUGAUAUUUAUUAUUAUUUCAAUAUGGGGUACAUUAAAAAUGGAACCAGUUAUAAAUUCUCAACAAAUUAUACCAUCAGAUUCAUUACUUCAAAAAACUGAUGAAUUAUUUGAAAAAUAUACAUGGAAAGAAUAUGAAUUAUUAACAGUAAUAUUAAAUAAUCCACCAAAUAUUUCUGAAGUUGAUGGAUUGAUGAAAUUAAAAAAAAUAGUUAAUGCAUUUGAAACGAUUCCUCAAGCUUUAGGAAAUAUGUCAACAUUUAUUUUUUUAAAUGAUUAUGAAACAUAUUUAGAAACAAUGAGAAUUAUGUCAAUGUUUUUAGUUGAUAUAAAAUUUUCUGUUGAUUAUAUACCACAAUUUUUAAAAGAUCUUCCACAUUGGAAUAUGGGAAUUAAAAUUUUAAAAAUUCAUAAUAAAAUUUCUCUUAAAAAAAUAUCAUUUCAAACAGGUUUUUAUAAUUCAUCAUCUUGGAUAGAUAGAGCAAAUCUUAUGUUAGAAUGGAGAAAAAUAGCUGAUAAAUUUUCAGAAAAUAAUGUUACAAUAUAUUGUGAAAAUUCACCUAUAUUUGAGGGUAUUUUUAAUUUAAAAUAUAAUACACUUCAGACAGUUUUUAUAACACUUUUAUGUAUGUUUCUAGUAUGUAUUAUAUUUGUACCAUCAUUUGCUGGAGUUAUAUCAGCUGUAUUUGCUAUUACUUCAAUAUCAUUUGGUGUAUUUGGUUUUUUAUAUUGGUGGAAUUUAAAUUUGGAUCCAGUUUCAAUGUCUGCAAUAGUUAUGUCAAUAGGUUUUUCAGUUGAUUAUACAGCACAUGUUGCUUAUCAUUAUCAAAAAAUGUGCCACAAUAUAUUAUAUUAUCCAGCAGUAUCUUCAUAUAAAGAAAUUGUAUGUUUAAGACUUUAUCAUACUCUUGAUGCAGUUGCAUGGCCAAUGAUUCAAGCUGCAUUUAGUACCAUGAUUUGUUUUAUACCAGUUAUUUUUACAAAUGAUUAUACACCAACUGUUUUUUUAAAAACAAUAACAUUAGUUAUUGGUUGGGGAAUAUUACAUGGAUUAGUAAUAUUACCAACAUUAUUAGCAUUAUUUCCAGAAUCAUGGUAUUGUAAUAAAACAACAACUAAAAAAAAUGAAAUUCAUAAAAAAGAUGAAGAUUCAACAUUACUUAGUCAUGCAAACAAAAACAAUAUAAAGUCAAUAUACUCUUUAAAUUUAACAUUUGAUGAUAAUAAUUUUAAAACAAACAUAAAAAGUCAAAAAACUCAAAGCAGUAGUAACUGUAGUUUAGUGGGUAACAAUAAUGAUGUAGAUAAGAUUCCUUUUACCUCAACAAAUAAUCAAGAUGAUUCUGGUGUUGCUUCUUAA